GCGCCGCUGUCUCCUUCCCCGCGCCGCGGGCCGCGUGAUGCUCUUGAGCUGCCGGAGGGUUCGCGCUCCCCCCUUGGCCCCCCCGAGGGCCGCAGAGGAGUGUUCGGCACCCCCGCGGCCCGGCAUGGCCCUGCAGGCGAGGAGAGAGGCGCUGGGUCAGCGCGGCCGCCCCCGCCCUCCCCCGGCGGGUGUGCCCUGGGAGCGAGCUGUUCGGCCCGGGGAAGACGAGGCGGUGCCCGCCGAGACGAGAGCGGAAGGCCGUGCGUGAGCGUCGAAAGUUUGUCGGUGUUCGGAGGAGCCGCGUCCUUCAGGGCGGGUUGCGAAACGCCUUUUCCCUGCGUCCUGUUUUCAGCACAGUUGAAGUAAGCUCUGGCCUGUCACCAGCUUUCUUAUCAACCGCUCUAAGAAGUUCAGAGCCCACUGGUGCAAUUACUAAGCAUGUGGGAAAGCUUGGGUACUGAACUGGCUUCUGCAGGAAUUUGACCUUAAGGAUGAAAUAUGGAAAAUGCUACGGUUGUUUCCAUAGGCAACACCAAGACGUGUGAAUGGAGUUUCUAUGGAAGCUGCACAAGCCUUGAUUUAUGCUGGGAUGGCUGGGUCCAACUUGGAAAACAUUCAAGAAAAAAUAAAUGAGUACUUGGAGAGAGUUCAAGCUCUCCAUUCAGCAGUUCAGUCACAGAAGACAGACCCUCUGAAGUCAAAACAACAGUUGGACUUGGAGCGUGCUCACUUCCUAGUUACACAGGCUUUUGAUGAAGAUGAUAAAGGCAAUGCAGAAGAAGCUAUAGAGUUGUACACAGAAGCAGUGGAACUCUGUUUGAAAACAGCUACUGAAACCUCAGAAGCAGGCCUCCAGUCCAAACUGAAACAGCUGGCUCGACAAGCACUGGAUAGAGCAGAAGCACUGAAGGAAUCUAUGUCAAAGUCAUCUCAGAAAGAAAAGUCAACUGCAGCCAAACCAAAUCAGCCAGUCAGAACAGUCUUUCCAUUGGGACCUGAUUUUUCUUUAAAUGAUAAACCACAGACCAUCAGAGCAGUACAAGCUAGUGAAUCUCAAGGUCAGAGAUACACUGCAGAGGAGAUUGAAGUACUCAGGAAGACUUCAAAGAUUAAUGGCAUUGAAUAUGUACCUUUCAUGAGUGUUGAUCUGAGGGAACGUUUUGCCUUCCCUAUGCCUUUUUCUGAUAAGUGUGGGAAGCUACCAUUAUCCCCCAAGCAGAAAGCAAUGUUUUCCAAGUGGGUGAGACCAGAUGACAUAACAAAUAACCCUACGAUGAUCUAUACAGUAUCAAGUUUCAGCAUAAAGCAGACAAUAGUGUCAGAUUGUUCUUUUGUGGCAUCACUAGCUAUCAGUGCAGCAUAUGAAAGAAGAUACAACAAAAAAUUGAUCACAAGUAUAAUUUACCCUCAGAAUAAGAAGGGGGAACCAGAAUAUAAUCCAUGUGGUAAAUACAUGGUGAAGCUUCAUAUCAAUGGUGUUCCUAGAAAGGUAAUCAUAGAUGACCAGUUACCUGUUGAUCAUAGUGGGGAACUUCUCUGCUCUUAUUCCAAUAAUAAGAAUGAAUUAUGGGUGUCACUAAUAGAAAAGGCUUACAUGAAGGUCAUGGGAGGAUAUGAUUUUCCUGGAUCAAAUUCUAAUAUUGAUCUCCAUGCACUGACAGGUUGGAUACCUGAAAGAAUUGCAAUGCACUCUGACAAUCAAGCCUUCAAUAAAGACAGCACUUUCAGAAUGCUUUAUCAGAGAUUUCACAAGGGAGAUGUCCUUAUCACAACAGCAACAGGGGUGAUGUCUGAAGAAGAAGGAGAAAAAUGGGGCUUAGUUCCAACCCAUGCAUAUGCAGUCUUGGAUAUAAGAGAAUAUAAGGGACUUCGAUUUCUUCAGCUAAAAAAUCCCUGGAGCCACUUACGUUGGAAGGGACGAUACAGUGAAAAUGACACAAGAAACUGGACCCCAGAUUUACAAAAAUACUUGAACUUUGAUCCCAGAACAGCUCAGAAAAUAGACAAUGGCAUUUUCUGGAUUUCCUGGGAGGACCUGUGCCAGUACUAUGAUGUUAUUUAUUUGAGUUGGAACCCAAGUCUUUUUAAAGAAUCUACAUGUAUUCACAGUACGUGGGAUGCAAAGCAGGGCCCGGUGAAGGAUGCCUACAGCCUGGCCAACAACCCUCAGUACAAGCUGGAGGUGCAGUGUCCACAGGGUGGUGCUGCUGUCUGGGUCCUGCUCAGCAGGCACAUCACUGACAAGGAUGACUUUGCACACAAUCGGGAAUUCAUUACAAUGGUUGUAUACAAGACUGAUGGCAAAAAAGUUUACUAUCCAGCUGAUCCUCCUCCUUAUAUUGAUGGUAUUCGGAUCAACAGUCCUCAUUAUCUGACCAAGAUAAAGCUGACCUCUCCAGGUUCCCAUACCUUCACCUUAGUGGUGUCCCAGUAUGAGAAACAAAACACCAUCCAUUACACCGUCAGGGUGUAUUCCUUGUGCAAGUUCACCUUUUCCAAGAUUCCUACACCUUACACCAUUUCCAAACGGGUUAAUGGACAGUGGAAAGGUCACAGUGCUGGAGGAUGUGGAAACUUCAGAGACACCUACAAAAAUAACCCCAUUUAUCAAUUCCAGCUAGACAAGAAUGGACCAUUGCUAAUUGAACUACGGGGGCCGAGGCAAUACAGCGUUGGUUUUGAACUUGUCACCGUCUCAACAGUGGGAGAUCCUGGUUCCUAUGGCUUUCAGAAAAAGAGCAGUGGUGACUACAGGUGUGGAUUUUGCUACUUGGAGGUGGAGAACACAUUUGCUGGAGUUUACAACAUUAUCCCCACCACAUUCCUGCCUCAACAAGAGGGUCCUUUUUUCUUAGAUUUUAACAGCACUACUCCUCUUAAGGUGUCACAGCUGCAGUGAGGAGACAGAACUGUGCAGUGCUGUUUAAGGAGAUGGUUUUGAUCUGUCCUGCAGCCUGAGAACAGGUGAAGAGCCCUUAUUACACCUGCACAAAAGAGAGUUAAAUCCUGAGUUACAGCCAAAAGCAUGGAAUGACAGAUUGCCAAUUAAUUGUGGCAGGCAGUUAGCUGUGGGUUUGCUGCUAUGGUCCAGGAGUGAGCACUGUUCAAUGGGCUUGGGAAUAGGCUAAAAUGCAUAUAUUCAAAUGAACCAGCAGAAGAACUCAGUUUAUUGCAGCUGUUCCACACUUUGAAUCAAAGUCUAGUGAGUUACCAGAAAAACAAACAUUGAAAUUCCCUCCUCCCCACAUAGGGUAUAUGGGUAAAGAUUCUAUUCUUAAAAGUAAACAUAUAAGAAAAAAUAUUCUUGUGUAUUCUGCUUAUUCAGUCUCAGGACCAAAUAGCUUUCAUUACAUAUUUGUGCUGCUAUCUAUGUUUUCAGCACUGAACUGGUUCUCCCAUCUAAAUGUAAAUGUACUACUGCUGAGCCAAUAGUAUUCCAUGUGUCAUCUUCUCUGGAAUAUGUAUAUAGGAGUACAGGAAAGGAAAGGUUCCAGCUUUAGCUAUUUCUAAAAGCAGAGCAAUUGCUUUGCUCAUGUUAUGUGUACCUUGAGAGCUGUUACUUCAUAUCUGUAUGACUUUAGUACAUAAUACAGCAUGAGGUUCUGUGGCUUUCUUCCUGCCAUCUGCCAGAGCCAGGUUGAUCCUGAUGAGCAGGAAGGACAGGAGGUUAUCCAGCAGUAGUGACCAGGCAGUGCAGCACAGCAUUCCCUGAGCAGCUGUGAAAGGUUUUCAUCUGAAGAUCCCCUGUAAGAUUCAUUGUAUCUACUGAGGCUAGUCUCAGUUGCUGGUGCAGGGAGAUGGGGAACUGCCCACCAUCAGCAACUCAGCAAAGAAAUAUUUUUUUUUCAUCACUUUUGUAAGUAUGCAUCAUGUAGGGAAGGAUCAUUUAAACCUCUCUCCCAAGACACCACAGCUGCAAGGAAUGCACUUGCUGAUUCCAUUAUGCAAGACAUCUUUGAAAAGAUACUUUUUUCCUUUUAAGUUGAAACCAGUGAAGGAAUUGACCACAGCACAAGGUCAGUGUCAUCAAUAGAAGCAGGGUCAGAGUUCUUAAGAAAAUAGUGGAGGUGAGAUUAUUGCAAAACAAGUUAUUUUUUUAAAAGACUCCCCCCCAUGUGUGUUCAUCCUCUAGAUCUGUAUAAAUUGUAUCUGAAGAGGAUUCAAGAUGAUAAUUUUUUAUUUAAUACAGCUGCCUCAGAGAUCCUGAAAUCGGAUUAAAUUUUGUCAUUUUUAUAAAAUUUACAGUAUUUCAUAAUUGGGGGAGAGGGUAUUUUUAAAACAGCCAUAGGAAUUUCGUUGCCAUUCACACUGGUUUGGCAGUUUUACAAGCAAAAAGGUAGGAUUUAAAUCUUGCUUUAGGUUACAGGUGUCACUUGGCCAUUGGGAAACUGAACACAUAUUCUACAGGAGCACCAGAAAUAGCUGUGGGCUAAAAUUAUUCCCACAGAAAUCUGCUAUUAGUCCUCUCCAGAAAGUAGAAGAACCUUUUGUUUCAUUUCCUCCAUCAGACAGCUGCUUAACAAGUGUCUGGCACUGAAAGGGCAGGGAUAGCUCCUGCCUUGGAAAACACAUGCCUUGCUGACUGCAAUUCUCUCAGAGACCAUCUGGGCUAGGCAAUUUGUGACAAGUUUGUGACUUACCUUCUUUUGCAGGGAAGCUUCUGAUGGUUAUUGCAAUAAAUCAACAGAAGGACGAGCAUGGGCACAAAGAGACAUGAGAAAAAACCAGAUUAGGUUCUUUGUGGUUAUGCUUGGCUUUUGGAGUAUGUGCCAAGGACUGCUUCACCCCUAGAAUGUCAAAGUUUCAUUCAACUCCCAUUUUCCCUACAGGUUUCUGUUAGGUUUUUAGCUGAGGCUAAACUAGAGUAGCAGUGGAGUACUCCAUGUAUCUCAUCACCUCUUAACUUGGAGGUACUGAAGAAGUCUCAACUGAGUAUAUUUUUGGCAGUACAAAAGGCAGAUGCCAGAAGUGCCAGCUUCCAGCACCAAGUUCUUGCACAUUCUCUGCUGUUUGAGAUCAAGCUGGUAGACUUGCCUAGAGGAAAAUCUGUUGUUGUUCUUCAGUAGUUGGUUUCUAUUCGGCAGGAAGGAGUUUUUCUUUCUCUUUCCCCCUGAGCACAAGUUAGUGCCAAAGCUUAUGCUGCAAGAAAUGAGCAUAAGGCUCAGCUUCCGUACUGUGCAGAACUUCACUGAACUGAAAAGUAAGAAAUGUACUCACUUCCCUAAUGCCAGGCAAAGACAUUAGGGCCAAAGGAUCCUGUCCCCACUGGGAUAUGCCAGUAUUUCUUACACAUGUGGAACAGGCAGUGGAUUGGGCUCAUCCCCAUUAAUGCACACGACUGAAGCUUAGUGUCACUCUUAUAUAUAUAAAGCAAAGUCUAUUCAAAUAUUGCACCUGCAUAGGUACUAGGAUGCCAUCACUGUGCAUUUCCCUCCAGAUAUAGGACAGAACACUCAGGUGAAGUAUUUAAUAUUAAAAUAUUAAGUAUUUAAGUACUUAAAAUAUUAAGUAUUUAAGAUUAAAAUAUCUAUAUAAAUUGCAGUCAAGGGAUUCUGGUUAUGGCAAAAUAAUUUUACAAUAAAAUUUUCUUGCCCUUUUUUCUUAAGAAAAAACAUUGAUGCAAGCAUUUAGGAUUUGCUUUAGUGUUUUCUGUCAAAUAUAUACUAUAAAAGUAUUUUCCACAAUUAAGUCUGGAAAAAUUAUUGCAAAGUGAACUGAUCCUUAGAUUUUAACAUGACCUCAGGCCACUAAGUUAAGCUUUUCUUUUCCCCUGUACUGUUUAGCAUUUUUUGAGCCAUAUGACAGAGAACAUAGUUUGUUCUGUUUGUUUUGUUAGGAAGACACAGGUUAGCCCUUGACUGAUCCAAUCCCUCAGUUCCCAAAGAUUCAGUGAGACAUAGUACCAGGGAUGAAUGGUAUCAACAGCUUCCAUCCCAACUGCCCCAGACUGUGAGUCUGAGUUCAGUCCUAGUCUCCUGCUGCAAGCUUCAUGUAACUAUUUUGUACAGUAAUUAUGCAUUUAACCACACACUCUCUGCAGCCUUUGAACAGCCACCUAUUUAGAGCUAAGUUUGUGUACAUACAGUAGAGGUUUUCAUCGCUUCAUCUAAAAGGACACUGAAAUUGUUUGAUAAUACCAAAGAGAAGUAGAACUCCUAGGUUAACAUUUGCUUUAUACAUUCUCAAGUCAGGGCAGAUGAAGCAAUCAUGUAUACUUUGAUACACCAGAGGCUUAUUUUUAUACCCAUGAAGGCAGCUACCAUCAUGUUACACUUCAGGAUCCAUGAAGAGCUUAAGUAACUGGAGAAAGCUUGUUCAUUUGCUUCUACUCCAUAGCAAUGUAUGUUCAUUUAAGUCUGUCAUAUUUAUAAUUAUGGCUUUUAUGAAGUUUAAAAUAAAAUGAGUUUUCCAUUAAUUUAUUAGACACACA